AUGCUCGUUCAGUGGCUGCGGUUCGGAGAUGAUAUUGCUACGGUAGCAGACAGUGAAGAAAACCCAGAAACUAUGCUUCAAAAAAUGAACAGCACGCUUAAGCAAGAAUAUAAUUUAAAUAUUAAUAAGACUAAGACAUCGAUACUAAUAGGUAACAACUCGCAGACAGCGAGUAGACUCCAAUAUAAUCAUGAAUAGUAUAAAAUUAGAAAAUACGAAUAUUUCUACCUCGGAAGCAGAGUCACAAGUGGCAGGAAAAGCACUACUGCAGACGGCGUAGAAUAGCAAAAUCUAUAAAUACGUGUUUUUUUUAAAAAGAAGAAACUUUUCACCACAAAUGCAAUUAUUAAUAUAAACACUAGAAAGACAUUACUAAAAAUACUUGUACGGUAUGUGACACUGUAUGGAGCUGAAUCGUGGACAAUAUUGAAAGCGGAUAGAAGAAAAAUAGAGGCUUUUGAAACGUAGUGCUGUAGGAGGGUUUUAAAAAUGUCUUGGACAAAUGAAGACGUGUACCAACGGAUAAAAGAAAAAAAAAGAUCAAUAUGAGCGACAAUCUUAGAAAGAAAAAAAAAGUGGAUAGAGCAUCUUAUAAGAGAAACAAUGCAUGGGUAACGAUUAUAAACGAGGGAAAACUCAAAGGAAAGCCAGGAAGAGGAAGGCUUAGCCGUGUAUAAGACGAAUUGUGUUGGGUGUAUAGGAAAAGGAACAUACAGAGAAUUGAAGGAUGUCGGUUUGGGCAGAGACGAAUGGAGACAUCAUUCAACCGAUCUAAGGAUUGAAAAGAAAUACGUUCUAGUACGAUUAGAGUAA